AUGUCCCUCCUCCUGCUACCUCUGCUUCUCCUGAGGUGUUCAGAACUGAGUGAGGGAGUUAAUUUUGGAGAGAAGGAUGCAAGAAUUCUCAGGGCCUGGAAAGAUGGGAUCGAGAUCCUUGGAGAAGGAACCUCCUGGGACUCAGACAGGGCCAGUCCUGAGCGAAGGUACGGAAUAGAUUAUUUUUAAAUAGGAGCAAGUGAAAAUGUUUCCACUAAGGACCCAGAGACCAACUCUGAAGACUCCAGAACAAGAGAAAAUGAUACCACUGCAGAUUCAAGGACCACUAAGGACAAUCCCACUGCUGACCCAGAGACCAAUGAAGAUGACAGCACUGCAGACCUAGGGACCACCGAGGACGACACCAUUACAGAACCAGGGGCCACUGAGGACAACAGCACUGCAGACCCAGGGAACACUGAUGAUGACGGCACUGCAGACCCAGGGACCACUGAGAAUGACGACACUGCAAACUCAGGGACCACUGAGGAUUAUGUCAGUGCAGACUCUGGGACCACUGAGGAUAACAUCACUGCAGACUCAGAGGCCACAGAGGAAAAUGUCACUGUAGACCCAAGGAUCACUGAGGAUUAUAUCACUGCAGUCCCUGGAACCACUGAGGACAACGUCACUGCAGACCCAGGGACCAAUGAUUAUGACAUCACUGCAGAACCAGGGACCACUGACGAUUAUGUCACUGCAGACACAGUGGCAGCAGAUUUUACCACUAAAAAUGAUGACAGUCAUCCUGAGGAAACAGCUUCAGUCACAGCAGUGAAACCUACUGGGUUCCUAUCACCUCUGGGAAUUACCCUCAUAUCCUUGGCUGCAGCUGUGGUCACUGUUGUACUCUUUAUUGGACUGGGCUUCAUUGUGCACAUCCCCACCUUCAAAUCCGCGGAGGUGCACCCCCCCCAGGUCUGGGGACCCACCCUUCUCAUCAGACAGAUUCGGUUCAACGCCACAAAAAUUAGUCUUACCAAAUGCUGGGCCCUGCGCAGCAGUGCCCUCCUGCCCUCACAGAUCUGCCGAGAGGACUGA